AUGCCAUUUGAAGUACUGCCUCUGCUGAUAAGCGUGGGACCAUCUGCUUGGCACAGCUCAAAUAUUCUCCGCAGCGGGAGAGCAGCUCUGACUUCAGAGACUAAUCUGCAGUCAUCCUUGGAGAUGCUGGGACAGGCGACCUGGCGGGCUGGCUGGGCAUGGAUGCCACAGGAUUCAAAGGAGCUGUCUCCCCAUUGUCACCUCUGACCCUUCCUGAGCGAAGGACACCAGUGAGUCUGCGCUCCAGUGUGGGGUUACUCAGAUGCUCUUGACAAACACAGCAAGCUCUCCCCCGUGCUGUCCCCCCACAGCAAUUUCUAUGCCGAUUGCUUUCUAUGGAGUGUUAGAUAUUUGCUGUCAGUGUGUGUUGGCAAAAACUUCUGUCUCCCACUGCCUUCAUUUUGGGAAAUUUGCUUUUCUGCUGGGGGAGCUGUUCCCAGAUACCGCUUUCCAACUUUCAGGUUGAAACUUCUACCGUAGCUCUGUCGUCUUGACUCACGACUGGGAAGCCUCUCUCCUCUCCCCCUCCCCUCCCCCCCUCUCUCAGAAGGGAUGUUUCAGAAUGGGAGUCUGGGGCUCAGGAAAGACUAGGAGAUGCUUCCAUGAGGAACAGCGAGGCGGGAACGAUGCUCUGUGAUGCUGCCCAUGUAGCUGAUUAAUGAUGCUACCACCUGCUCCCGUCCUCCUGCUCUCUGUUCCCAGCUGAGGUUCCCACCACUGCGUUCUCCACCAAGACCUGAUAGGAUGAGCUGUCCUUCUGCUUGGACUAUCCCUGCCAGGAAAUUACCUGAAGCGGCUCAGCCCAAAGCCUCCUCAUGGACCAUUCAAAUAUGACCUCCCUUGCUGAGGAGAAAACCAUGAACACCUCCAGCAGGAAUGCCUCCCUGGGGAGCUUGCACCCACCCAUUCCCAUAGUGCACUGGGUCAUUAUGAGCAUCUCCCCUCUGGGCUUUGUGGAGAAUGGGAUUCUCCUCUGGUUCCUCUGCUUCCGGAUGAGGAGAAAUCCCUUCACAGUCUACAUCACCCACUUGUCCAUUGCUGACAUCUCCCUCCUGUUUUGUAUUUUCAUUCUGUCCAUCGACUAUGCUUUGGACUAUGAACUCUCUUCUGGCCAUUACUACACAAUUGUUACAUUAUCAGUGACUUUUCUGUUUGGCUACAACACGGGCCUUUAUCUGCUGACAGCCAUCAGUGUGGAGAGGUGCCUGUCGGUCCUCUACCCAAUUUGGUACAGAUGCCACCGCCCCAAGCACCAGUCAGCGUUCGUCUGUGCCCUCCUGUGGGCACUUUCAUGCUUGGUGACCACCAUGGAGUAUGUCAUGUGCAUUGACAGUGGGAAAGAGAGUCACUCUCGAAGUGACUGCCGAGCGGUCAUCAUCUUUAUAGCCAUCCUCAGCUUCCUGGUCUUCACCCCGCUCAUGCUAGUGUCCAGCACCAUCUUGGUGGUAAAGAUACGGAAGAACACAUGGGCCUCCCACUCUUCAAAGCUGUACAUUGUCAUCAUGGUCACCAUCAUCAUCUUCCUCAUCUUCGCCAUGCCCAUGCGGGUCCUCUACCUGCUGUACUAUGAGUAUUGGGCAGCCUUUGGGAACCUGCAUAACAUCUCCCUGCUCUUCUCCACCAUCAACAGCAGUGCCAACCCUUUCAUCUACUUUUUUGUGGGCAGCAGCAAGAAGAAGCGAUUCAGGGAGUCCUUAAAAGUGGUUCUAACCAGGGCUUUCAAAGAUGAGAUGCAGCCCAGACGUCAGGAGGCCAAUGGUAACACCAUCUCCAUCGAGACGGUGGUCUGAGGACCACAGCGGGGAAUCAUGGACAGAAACAGUCGAAUGCGGGUAGCUUUCAAUUUGUACUUGGGAUGCAAUCGAAGUACAUUUAAAUCUCCAAAAUAUGAUACAGAAAGGAAGCAUUCCACAUGCAUGGGAGUCUAAUUAAUGAUGAGCUUGCAUUUUUCGCUAGUGUCUUCUGGAAAUGUCUCUGUAUGUGACGGGGCUCUGUCUUUUCCAACCUUAUCAGAGACUCUUCCUUCUCUUAUCUCUUCGGUAGUAAUCAACAGUUAACUAUAAAAACUGCUUUAGUGGGCUGGAGAGAGGGCUCAGAGGUUAAGAGCAUUGGCGGCUCUUC